AUGGCGAAUUCUGCUUUUGUCAAGAAGACCAUCUCUUCUCAUUCCGUCGUCAUCUUCUCCAAAUCGUACUGCCCAUACUGUAGACGGGCAAAGGCUGUCUUUAAAGAGCUGAAGCAAGUGCCAUAUGUUGUUGAACUUGAUGAGAGAGAUGACGGUGGAAACAUUCAAAAUGCCUUGAGUGAGAUUGUUGGUAGGCGUACUGUACCGCAGGUUUUCAUUAAUGGAAAGCAUCUGGGGGGCUCUGAUGAUACCGUCGAAGCAUAUGAAAAUGGAGAACUGGCCAAACUUCUAGGCAUCGCUACAACAGAAAAGGAAGAUCUUUGA